AUGCAUCGAACGUAUACUGAGAUCUGUUCAAACUCUGGCACACCCUGCAUUCCAGAGGACUACAAACAUGAUAUCCUAGUCGUAUAUCAGCGGCUGCUUGCUGUAGUCGAGGAAGAGUCUCGAUUGAGGGAUGCGCUGGAGAUCCUCUUUGCGAGGCAGCGAUACGCAGCUCAAUCUGCCAUAGAGAGAGCCCAAAAACGUGCCCGUGAAGUAGGUAUUGCUCAAGCUUCGAUGUACCAGUGUCUAGGCAAUUCAUACAAGGUUACUCCUGAAUCACCUCAGAGAACUGAAUGUACCAAUCCAUCUCAAACGGGCAACGCGAAGCAAUCUACGCAACCUAACGACACGUCGGAGCGCGAGGGUCCUGUCGAUACGCUCACGGAAUCCAUUGAGGGUACUGAGGAAGCUGAAGACGAAGGCACCGACGAAGGUACCAGGACACUUGAGUCUGAGACUCUUUCGGAGCUCUCAAGUACGCAGUCUGGAGACAACAUCGAGUCGACUGUGUCGAGUGUCGGGACUGAAACACGACUAUCAGUUGACCAAACGCUGGGCAACUCGAUGAUAGCGACCCGCCGCCUUGUUGGAGAAAUUACUGUCAAGCUGCUGCAGACUCGCCAACUGCAAAGGCAGGUAGAGUUGGGAGUAAAGAAGGGCAAGGACGAACUGGAAAGAGCUCGGCGUGACUUACUAGAGAUGCAAGAAAUGUACAAUGAGUAG